AUGUUUUUCAAGCCGGUUUUGUUUCUUUUCUCUUUAAGUUCAAUUGUACCAUUUUCAAUUUCUGGUCCAAACAAUUCUUCGAUAUCGUACAGAAGCUCGCAAACGAAUCCUAACGAGUUUGUGCUGGUUAAUCCCGAACAAGUGCCGCAGUUGGAGAAAACAAUUCGAUAUUUUUUCUCCGAGCUAGCGGAGCCAGUUAAUCAACCAAUUAUAUUGAGAUCAACGUCGGCUAAUGAUUUGCAAUCGACGAUACGAGGGAUAUGUACUUGCGCGCGGAAAAGGAUCGCUGAUCUCGCUGGUGACUGUGGAUUAACUACUUCGGUGCAAUUAUACAAACAGAACACUAACGACGAUUCCUUGUCCGAGGAUUGGUAUUCUGAAACUUUGUUACAAAGCGCCUACUUGGUGCAGGAUUUGAGCAACGUCAUCAACGAAGCUUCCUCCACGUACGAAUUGUAUGUAGGGAAUGGAAACGAGACUUCGCAGGGAAAUAAGAAGAACUUCGGUUUCGAAUACUUAGGCGUAGUGGAGGAUGCAUCAGAUAUGAGCGAAAGUUUAGCCCAAUGUCUAUUAAAAAUGGCGAGCAGACAGACGAAUAAAUCGUCGUUCAAUUUGGGACAGUCGGUCUUAAAUUUAUUAAAAAACAUACCAAAAUCCAGAUUCAAAACCAUAAAACCCAAAAUGAGUAAAAUUCCGGAUCAAAGUGGUUUACUGAAAAAUGGCAAGUACAAACCCUGGCAAAUCUAUUUUUGCUUCACGGCGAUGACGGAACAAGGAAUUAAUUUCAACGAAUGCAUGAACGAACUGCAAACGCUCGAAACCUGCCUGAAAGAUUUUAGAGAACAGUCGAACAAUGCAACGUACGAGUUCGAAGUGAAACCGUGGACGAAGGCGAUCCGACAGUUGAGCGACUGCAAGAUUCAGGAUAAGCACGGGAAAGUGGAAGUCUCUUGCAAGAGUUUUAAGAGGAUGCCAAAAAAGAUUAAAAGAAAGACGAGAUACGUGUUCGAGAAACUGUUGGAUAAGAAAAUAUCGGCAGGAUCUCCGUUGCACCGAGCUGUCGAUGAUCUCGGCGAAACUUUAUCGAAAACCGAAAGGGGACGCAGGUUCGUGGAUGAAUUAUGCCAAUACGCCAGUAUCUACGAGAGUGGCCAGAAGAAAGUGAAAAAGUCAUUGAAACUAGCUAAGAAGAAUAAAAAGGCGAUGAAGAGGUACAAGGAAGACUUGAAAGCCUUGGAAACGUACAAGAAAGGGAUACUUCGUAGAUCGUUUGGUACGAUGAAGAGACUGCAUCGUUCCGCGGUUGAUUUCGAAAAGUUCUUCGCGAUGGGCAUGAAGGACACUUUCAACGAGGCUUGGCAGGGCCACGUGAACGUUUUAACAUCUCUGAUGGGCUGGAUGACCAAACUAUUGGAUCUCCACGCCAGUGGCGAGAGUUCCCCUGUGACUCCUGGAAUUCCAUCAGAUCCCGCGUCAGGGGAUUCGAAUGAUGACGAUGAUUCAAAUCCCAACAGUGUACAAAUGUACGCUCGUUCUAAAUCAGAAAUGGCCAGAGAUGUGGACGAUUCUAUGAAUGUCUUGAUGAAAUCAAUGAAUAGUUUGAGCAAACGUCGAGGCAUAGAAGAGAAAAACAUGCUGGCUUUUCUCGCUGACGAUCUUCUAUUGGUAUCGAUGGUCAUGCAAACCAUCAGUUUCGUUUCCUCGUUGUUCUGUUCUGACUACACUGCGUACGAAGAAACUACUCAAGCCUCUGAUGAAUGGGUUAACCCCUUUGAACAAUAAUAGUUUAUCGAAUUUGUUGCAGACUAGUAUUGUAAAAUAAUCUGAUAAAAUCAAAGAGAAUGAAGAUUAUUUA